ACAGGACUUGGAUUCGGUAUUAUUGGAGCUAGAACAAGCGGAGUCAUUGUUAAGACUAUUCUGGCAGGAGGGGUGGCCGACCGCGACGGUCGUCUCAAAUCCGGAGAUCACAUACUACAGAUUGGUGAUACUGCUGUCGAGCCCCGAGUCCCUGGACCGUUACCUGAUGGAAGCAGGGUUCGAGCAAGUGUUUCACACUCAACCGACGCCGCUGCCCUCCAGCCAGAAUACUUCCAGGUUCAUGUUUGAUGCAUGUAUCACACCGCCGCCGACCGCUGAUGCUGAGUCUCCGGAAGUGGACCGAUUCACCGUUCAGUUGAAGAAAGAUGAAAAUGGACUCGGUAUCACGAUUGCAGGAUAUGUGUGCGAGAAGGAGGAGUUGUCCGGGAUAUUCGUGAAGUCAGUGACGGCGGGUAGUGCGGCCGCCCAGAGUGGGCGCGUGCGAGUCAACGACCGCAUCGUGGCUGUCGACGGAGUGUCGCUGGCGGGCAAGUCCAACCAGCGGGCGGUGGACGCGCUCAAGCAGAGCGGCCACGUGGUCACACUGGAGCUCGAGAGGUACCUGCGCGGGCCAAAGUUCGAACAGCUGCAACAGGCGAUAGCGGCCGGAGAGAGUGCAGCCGCUGCAUCGCACCACAACCCCUUCCUGCACAUGCACCGCGACGACCGCGACCACGGUCACGACGACCACGGUCACGACGACCACGGCCACGUGCCCACGAUCAAGCCAGAAAAUGAUGAUUUAGUUGGUGAGCCAGCAAGCCCACCUCCACCCGCAGCGUCGCAUCGGUCUCAGCCGUCGUUUGAGAUGCCCCGGAGCCAAGAACAAAAGGACGCCAUCAAGAAGAAAUGGCAAGCCAUACUCGGGGAGGAUGUGGAGAUAGUAGUGGGCGUGGUGGUCCGCGGCGGGGGGGGGCUGGGCAUCUCCCUGGAGGGCACCGUGGACGUGGAGGGCGGCCGCGAGGUGCGCCCCCACCACUACGUGCGCUCUGUGCUGCCCGAGGGACCCGUGGGCCGCGCCGCCGUGCACCGCCCGGGAGACGAGCUGCUGGAGGUGAACGGCCACAGGUUGCUGGGCAUGAACCACCUCGAGGUGGUCUCCAUCCUCAAGGAGCUGUCCAGCGAGGUGUGCAUGGUGUGCGCUCGGGCGCGGCCUCCGCCCGCGGACCUGGCGCCGCCCGCGCCCACGCUCGUCAAGGCGAAAUCUGACGGCAGUUUGGCUGGCGCAGGCGCAGAGGAGGGCGCGACACUGAGCGCGGGCGGCAAGGUGCGGUCGCGGAGCCUGGAGCCGCUGACCGGCCUGGCCAUGUGGUCCUCCGAGCCGCAGGUCAUAGAGCUGGUGAAGGGCGAGCGCGGGCUGGGGUUCUCCAUCCUGGACUACCAGGACCCGCUGCGGCCGGCUCACACGCUGGUGGUGAUCCGCUCGCUGGUCCCGGGCGGCGUGGCGCAGCAGGACGGCCGCCUCAUCCCCGGCGACCGGCUGCUGUUCGUCAACGACCAGAAUCUGGAGAACGCGAGUCUGGAGCAAGCCGUGGCCGCGCUGAAGGGUGCGCCGCGCGGCGUCGUGCGUAUCGGAGUGGCCAAGCCGCUGCCGCUCGCGGACACGGGCCGGAGUGACAUGCCGCCCACUCACUAGCCCCGCCCACGACACACGCCCAUACCACGAGGCCCGGCUUACACCAAAGAGGAGAUGAGAAGAGAGUAGCUGCGAAUCGGUUAGGUUAUUUCCACCAAAGUGGAGAUGAGAAGUGAUAUCAGUCAACUGAUAUCUACGAAAGGAAGACAUCCUCCUUUUUUUGAAUUAAAAUACAUCGCUAAACUACUAAAGUCGGUUAAAAAUACGGAAGGAACGCCUCUUGUAGUCACGAUCAGUGAAUUAAAUAAACGACGCUUUCUGGAGGUUCAAAGAAAAAUGAGACAUCUCCUCUCCGCUUAACCCAUUUCCACCGAAGCUAAGCGGAGAGGAGAUGUGGAAAUAACGAAAUCUGAUUGGUUAUCAAAACGCAUCUCCUCUCCUCUCCGCUUUGGUGGAAACCGGGCCUAAGUCGCCACCCUAAGGACAUUAUACUAACAAACUUGUUGAUUAGGUGGCAUUCUGAACACUGAAUCGGAUGUGUUCACACAUCGAAUGGUUUUAAAUAUAUUCCUUUUAAUAUGAAUGAUGUCUGCCAUUCUAAAUCCCGUCCACAGCGUUAUUGGAUUUCAAACGCCGCAACAAAUAGAAACAUUCAUUUUAAGAAUUGAUCGUCCGGUGUAAGUACACACAGCUCGCUACAAAAAAAAUCUUAGAAAGAGGAAGAAUAAAAGUGUUCAGCCGUCGACACUACAUUUCACUGUCACUACACUUACCGGUGGGAGGUUCUUUUGCACAGGAUGCCGGCUAGGUUAUGGGUACCACAACGGCGCUUAUUUCUGCCGUGAAACAGUAAUGUCUUAGCAUUAUUGUGUUUCGGUCUGAAGGGCGCCGUAGCUAUUGAAAUUACUGGGCAAGUGAAACUUUAUAUCGUAUAUCUCAAGGUGACAAGCGCAAUUGUAGUGCCGCUCAGAAUUUUUAGGUUUCUCAAGAAUCCUGAGUGAUUGAUGUAAUGAUAAUGUAAUAAUUGCAAUGGGCAGGGCGUAUAACAUCAGCUGAACCUCCUGCUCGUCUUGUCAAUAGAAAAAACUGCGGAUUGCAAUAAAGUAUUUAUGCUACCGUAGAUUUUAUUAAACAUUUAUUUCUAAUUAAUAUUCAGUGACCCGGCCCCAAUCACAAAUAAUUUGUAUCAUGUUCGGACCGUAGGUACAGCCUGACUUGCUGGGCUGUUCAAAUGUAUUAAUGAGUUUACUGUGUACUUUACUAUUAUAUAAAAUGUAGACUUGAUGUAUCAAAUUAUACUUAAAAAUAUGAAUAUGUUUAUUUUUACUGUAAUUAUAUAGUUUAUUUAAGUUUAGAAAUAAGUUGUAGAACUGCAAAUAAUGUACUUAAUUGGAACAUGUUAUAUGUAAUUAAUUCUAGAAUUUGAAUAUGUAUCAAUCAUUAAUUAAUAUGUCCAGUUCCUUAAAUGAUAUCAAUCUUCCCAUAACUGAACAUUCCAAAUUAUUUCAUUAUUCACAUUGUCACAGUUUCGAUUUUAAAAUAUUUUCCAAUUUGGUUGGUCUCUUGAAAACAGCGCUGCUACAAAAAUUAUAAAUAUUUUAUCAUUCCAUGUGUUUAAAAAUGUAAUAAUGUUUAUAAAUAAGUUAAAUAAAA